GCUUGCUGUUGAGCAGGAAGGAACCUAUACUUGCUUACAGUCCAAUGUCCAUUGUCUGCGGUCAGUAAACCACUGAACAGCUCUGUCCUCUGUCAAGUUUGUGGACUUUUGUUUGCAGUCGAGACAAUGUCUGAAGAAAAGAGCUUCGUUGAUACCACCAUUCACGUGGACGUCAAGGAUUAUUAUGGCAAUGUGCUGAAGAAAACUGAAGACGUGAAGAGCAACGCCUGUUUGACUCCAGCCAAGCCCAUCCCUGCCUUUAUCCGCCAGGCUCUGAAGAAAGUGCACCCUAAAGUCGCUGAAAGGUACUAUGGCUGUGGUCUGGUGGUGCCAGAGUGUUUGGAGGGCUGCAGGAUACUGGACCUGGGCAGUGGAAGUGGGAGGGACUGCUACAUGCUUAGUCAACUGGUGGGCGAGAAUGGUCAUGUCACUGGCCUCGAUAUGACUGAGAACCAGCUCGAAGUGGCCAAGGAAUACGUGGACUACCACAUGAAAGAAUUUGGCUACAAGAAGCCCAACGUCAAUUUUGUCCAGGGCUACAUUGAGGCUUUAACAGAGGCCGGUCUGGAAAAGAACUCAUUUGAUAUCAUAAUUUCCAACUGUGUGGUGAAUCUCUCUCCUGACAAGAAGCGAGUACUGGCUGAAGCCUACCGUGUACUCAAGGACGGUGGUGAGCUGUACUUCAGUGACGUCUACAGCAGUGGAAGACUCACUGAGGAAAUUAAAAAUCAUAAAGUGCUGUGGGGUGAGUGUCUUGGUGGAGCUCUCUGGUGGGAGGAUCUGCUGCGAUUGGCUGAGGAGGUGGGCUUCAGCCCCCCAAGGCUGGUUACAGCCACCAUCAUCACUGUGGACAACAAAGAACUGGAAGAUGUUCUAGGUGACUUCAAGUUUGUCUCUGCCACAUAUCGCCUGUUUAAGGUCCCUAAGAGCAGCGCUGAGUCCUGCCAGGUCAUAUAUAACGGGACAAUUUCAGGGGUAGAGGACAGCUUCCAGUUUGACUGUCACUACACUUUCAAGGCUCAAGAUGUGGUGGAGGUGGAUGGAGAGGUAGCCAGCCUCCUGACCCAUUCCAGAUUUGCAGAAGACUUCACUUUCCAGCCAACGGGAGGUCCCCGCGGGUCCUGCGGAGUCAAACCAAAGGCAGGCAGCGUGGAUCCUUUUGAGCUGGCCUUGCAGCUGCAGAAAAAAAGUCCAAGUUCAGCCACAGGGGGAUGCUGCAGCACACAGUCCGCUGCCUGCUGCAAGUGAUGGUGGGAAGAGAACACCAAGCAUCAUAACAGUGUCUUAGCUGUAGUUAAAACGACUGCAGCAGUGACAGUUAUUCCUUGCCUUAAUUAGAUAUGCAUUUAAUUAAUUCUCACAAUUAUGUUGCAUAAGUAAAGUGGUAGUUUAAUAUUACAGCAUCCAAAAAUCUGAAUUUUAUAAUUAAUCUUGAAAAGUAUUUGAAUCUGUAAAAGAAUGGUGGUGCAUUCAUCAGGUGGUUUAUUGACAGGUUUUCUAAUUAAUUUAACAUUAUUAUGUUGAUUGUGGCUUUUAUUUCUGUUAAAGGAAAAUAAAUUUUGUUGAUGAA